AGUGGAUAAAUAGCCCGAGUAUUGUCCGCCGGCCAAGACCAAGAGUGCCCCUCAGGAGGUAAACAAGGCAGAAGACUCCAUGGCGUUGGAACACUGAAGAAGAUGGAGCUCCAGAAAACCAUCAAGGACAACACGGAGGCACUGCAUGACUUUCUGGCAGACCUCAAGAGCUGGGAGAAGGAGAUGAAGGCCGCUGAUGAGGAGCUACUGAGGCAGAGCAGCAAAGAGAAGAAGGACCCCGACACUCCCCCCGUGAGGUCCCCGUGCAUCUCCUACCCCGCCAACAAGCAAGCCAAGCAAGCCGAGAAGAGCAAGGAGACCAAGCAGGAGGAGAACAAGCAGAUGGUCAACAGCAGCAGCAACAAGAAGGCCAAGCGGCUGCCCUGCGACUAUGCGGCCUGGGACAAGUUUGAUGUGGACAAGGCGAUGGAGUCUUCAGAGGAGGAGGAGGUGGAGGGGGAGCGUAAACAGCCCAAAUCACCCACCACCAGCAGCGGCCGCAACCCUCGGGCUAACAAAAAGGAGAGAGCCACCGCACUUAAGGAGGAGGGCAACAAGCUGUACGGGCGAGGGCGGCUGGAGGACGCGGUGGCCAAGUACACUCAAGGCAUGGCUCUGGACCCCACCAACGCCCUGCUGCCGGCCAACCGUGCCAUGGCCUACAUCAAGCUCAAGAAGUUCACGGCGGCUGAGGCAGACUGCAACCGGUGCCUCAAGCUGGACUGUAAUUACCUCAAGGGCUUCCUACGCCGGGCCACCGCUCGCCUCGGCCUGGGGAAGGAGGAGCUGGCACGCCGCGACUACCUCAAGGUGCUGGAGAUGGAGCCACACAACAAGGAGGCGCGGCGGGGGCUGGAUGAGCUCAACAGCCCCAACACAGCCAUCAGCAGCGAGGGCGGGGCGGCUCGGGGCACCACCAACACAGCAGGAACACCAGACACCACUAACAGGCUCACUCACACACAGGAGCCCACCGCAGCGAAAGACACAGCGCCGGACAAACACACAACACUCAAAGACGGAACACCAGCCAGAAACGCAGCACCCCAGACAGCAGCACCACAGCCCACAGCAGCGACGGCAAGGGAAGGAACACCACCAGGAACAGUGAGUGUGGAGACGACAGCCAUAAAGAGAGAGGGAUCGGGCAAGAAGCUGAAGAUUGUGGAGGUCAACAGUGCCACAACCACCACCACCACAGCAGCCAAGGUCGUCCCCAACCAGAUCUUCCCCAUCGACAAGCCGCCCCAUCUUAGGUCAAAGAAGCCCCUGAAGAGGAUACCGGUGAAGGACGUUGCCAGCCGGGAGGAGAUGAAGGAGGAGCGUGUGGAGUCUGCGGUGACCACGGCGGCUGGUGGCGGUGGAGACAAGGAGACCAAGAAGACGGAGAAGCCAGCGGUACCCCUCGAGACGGCAGUGUUGGUGAGCGCCAAGGCCACGGUGCCCACAGUGCCAAGAACCUCCCACCAGUUCUCGCAAGACUGGCACCGGCUCUCCAGGACGCCCGACGUUGCACUAGAGUAUCUCAAGAUGAUCCCGCCCACAUUCUUCCGCUCUGUUGACCUGGAGACCAACACACUGGUGGAGGUGGUGGAGGUGCUGGCGGGGGAGGGCGUGCCAGCUGACCGUGCCGCCCAGUACCUCACGGCGCUCUCUGUCUCACACGGCUUCUCCAUCAGCCUCAUGUUCCUGGAAGCGGAGCAGAAGCAAGCAUUUGUUAAACUAAUCACCAAAUGCCAGCCAGUCGAGGGCCAGGCCGCCAAGAUGGAGGAGCUGCUGGCCGCCGUCAACGCCUUGUGAGGGGCAGCGGCGGCCACACAACUGCACACACGCCCGCGACACACCUCCGCAGGUUUCCUUCUUCCACUGCUACACCUGUACUCUCCGCACCUCCCUUGACUCUCUAUUCAUCAUGAGUAAACAUCAGCUUCCUCUUGCCUCAGUAACCUUCAGAGUAAUGUUAAGGCUGUCUGAGUCAUCAAACUGUACACUUACCAGUCCAUUUAACAUUGUACUAACCUAACACUGUAGACGUCCCUUAAAAUAAAAACAAGUAACCUUUUUACACGUCCGUGAGGGUAUUUUAAAUACGAUACGACCAUAAUCUUGCUUUUAUAUUUUAUUGUGUAGAAAAGUGCAUUACAGGAUAUACAAAUAGAUAAGGCAUUGCAUCAGUGUCCCCAGUGGUGCGAGGCAACGGCUGGAGGCUGUCACGUCAGUGCUGUCAUCUGCCAGUACAGGGAGGCCACCGGGCUGAAUGCCGAGUGGCCAUUCAUUGUACCAACUAAACAACACAUUGCAGGUGAUGACUCUGAUGAUGGAAGUCUUUGGGUGUGACAGCCUCUCCGUGUGACAACCUUUCCUAGCUCAAGACAUCCAUCCACCAGUCCCCACAAACUCCUGACUGUGCUUACUGGUUCAUCAACAUUACUGUGCCUCAAAGGUAUAUAUUCUAUACACUGUUUGCUGUGGUGGACAGUUACUAACAAAAAUUAUGUACUUGGGGUUUCAGAGGCAAUGUUAUAUUGUAUUUUUGGGGUAACUUUUUUGACAAAGUAUUGGAUAAGGGCAAUAAUUUGGCAAAGCAUUUUUUAGACCUUGCCCUAUAAUUAUAAAUAUGAUUUAUCAACAAAAUAUGUGUAAUUAAGGCACAUCAGAGUCACGUUAUGAUAAAACCAUUAGAUGAAGUGUGUCCUGCUGUGAGGCCGGCAAAUGUUGGUGUGGAGACGGUGUUGUGCGCCUGCACAGGGAGGCCAACACGCUGUGUCCAGCAUCAACAUCUCGUGGCACAGGUGCACAAGUCUCCACAGCAAGCACUUUGUCUGCUGGGUUUUACCAUCACGUGCCUCUUGUAAGAGCCUCAAUUAUCCACAUUUUGUUAAUAAAUCAUACUGACAAAAAUAGGGCAAGGUCUGAAACAUGCUAUGCUAAAUUAUCACCCUUAUCUAAACUUUGUUUAAAAUUUUUCCUGAUAAACAAAAAAUAGCACGGCCUCUAAAACCCAGCAACCCUUACUCAACACCUCACCCACCGAGCCACCCUUGACCCCAAUGGCUCACUGUGGAGGAGAAAAACUUAAUCUAUCAGAUUUGUUCUCAGAGAUUAAUUUUUCAACAGUAAGAGUGAAAGGUAAAACACAGCACAACAAUGGCUAAAGCUUUAUCUGUCAUCCUGCAGCCGACAGCCACGACACACACCACACCCGCCACGGUGCGGGGACACGCCUGACUCGCCCACCUCACCAAUCAACAAACACACAAACAAACGAGUGACUUCCAACACUCUUCUUGAUAUAUAUAAAUAUAGAUAUAUUAUAUAAACUUCAUAAAGACAACAAAGUAAGCAGUCACUGAUAUAACUCACAUUUACUAUCUUAAUGAAUUAGUAACCUAUGUCUACAUGUAUCUGUGAGGACACACACACACACACACACACACACAGGUGUCUGGCAGCUAGGGGGCAUGAGGGACAAAGUCUAUUUUUCUAGCAGUGCUGGGAGAGGCUGGCCACACAUCCCAGGAAGAUACAAGGGAAAAGUGACCCUCAGUGUGUAGCCGUGCCUGCCUUGGUGAAAACUAGAAAGAAAAUGCCUCUGUCCCACACACUCCUUCCCCUCCAGAUGCCUCAUGUACCACACACACACACACACACACACACACUGAGGCUCAUGACAACCUUUGAGUGGUAAUGUGCAGCCUUUACCUUUGCUACUUACAUCAUGCACACAUCGGCUGUAAGGCAAGUUCAAAUCCAGUGUAUGACAUCAGAUUGUUUAUAACCAACACACAACUUCUUUACUGGUGUCAUCAAGUCAGAGUGAACCGAACGUUUGUGCCACACACACACACAGACACACACACACCAGCUGAGGGAGUCCCCGCAGCCCUUCACUCCACAACACACAUCCGCCUGUAUCUGUCGCUGUGGUCAGUGGCUCUCAGGGUUUUGUGAAGCUUGACGUUCACUGUCUUUAAUUGUAAAAUCAUGCCUGUGUAAGGAUGUGGCCUCAGGCUCAAAGGCAACACUGUUAUUGUGAAGCAAUGAAUGCAAGUCCAUCAUUCUUGUUUACAACUGGAAUCACUGCAGCUCACACAAGAAUGAUGACGCCGGCAUUGUUGAAACUUACAAAAUAUGCAAAGUUUCUGAGGACCCAUUGAGCACAAAGCUAGGUAUGAUUACUGGUGCCAAUAUAUUUAUAUAUUAACUACACAAAAAAAUAUACAAAAAUAUACAGAAGAGAUCAGUAUGUACAGAAAAUAUCAAAACAUAACUUUCAACUUAUUGUAAAAACUGGUUUUGGGGAGCGUCCUUGUUCUUUGAACAAGCUGGACAGGAUAGAAACAAGCCUGGCAGGGAACUUUGUUCCCCACUCCUGAAGACUUCUUCCUUAACUGUUAUCUCUAAAAAUCUCUGUUUCCCACCACUGAUGAAUACUGCCUCAGUGUUGGCUGCAGUGGACUGGCAGGAAGGCAGAGGCCACAACCCACCAGUGGAUGGCCAUUGUUAUGUUUAAGACAACUUGAAUUUCUACUUGUUCAGUGCAAUUACAGUCACUGCACACCUAAGUUGGCCCGGAAGCCCGGUUCUUUCCUCCUCCCCCUCCAAGGUAACACUGACCUAACUCCAAGCUCCCUUCACACAACCAUCAGCUCCCACAGUUGUGGAGGGGGCGGGGCUUCUGGACCAACUCCAUAUACGUACUUAGUAUUUUGAGACCUACUUCUCAGAGCAGCAAAACUUUUUUUGUGGAAUUAUUGUGCUGCUCCACACAAAUAAAGACAUGACAAAGUUCUGAAAAUGAUGAUGAUAUUUGUUUUUUGAUAGCAGCUACAAUAUUGACAUGAGACUGGUAAUAAAGUGACUAUAAACAUC